AUGAUUCGACUGAAUCGCGUUGAUGAAGACGAUGAAAAAGGGUUGUCUGAGGAGCAACGAUUUUACUACCUCCGCCUUAUGGCGAAAGCGGGCGAUAAGAAGGAACCCAUUAAGACAAAAUUCGUUCGUUGGGCACCUCCUUGUCCAACUGAAAGUAGUGUUGAAACAGACCAAGAUCUUGAGUCCAGAGCCUGGCCCUAUAAUAUCGUUGAUAAUCGUUCGUAG